UUCAGCAUAUAUCGGAUCUAGCUGACGAUUCUACAAAUAUUUUUUUUAUUUUUGAGAUUCUGACCCUUAACGUAUAUAAGUGGCAAUCAAAUAAUAUAUUAUGAGUUAGUUGUGGAGAGUAAGUGUUAGAGAAUAGAUGUUCAAUUGUCUAUGUCUUCGGGGACGUUUUACAAAAUGGUGAUGAAUUACGUCUUUCUCUUCGUUAUCCUUGCUUUAUGUCAGCAUAGCGUUCUGUGUGAAGCUAAUGCAGGGCUAGCGGACAAGAUACAUUUAAGAGGUGCAAAUCAUAUCAAUAACAAUCAACUUACCAAUACGUCUGAGGACACCUUAAACGACAUCCCAAGACACAAAGAUACUUUUCAAGAAAACAAAAAAACCUUCCCUCAUACCAUCAUGAAAAGUGUUGACCCGUUCUGCUAUGUUGCAACGAAUCAGGAAGUAAUUGAACAGAUUAAUGAAGAGCACAUGUUCAAUAUAAUUUUGAAAUUAAGUUUUGUUUUCUACGACAAUGGCCAAGCCGUACCAUUCAAUUUUACUGAAAUACGUAGACUAGUGGAGUAUCCAGGAUUUAAUAAGCAGAAUAAGCUUGUUCUUUUUAUAACUGGUGGGUUCUGCACGGAAAACGAGGAAAAUGUUGCUGCCAGGAAACUUGCAAAUGCUUAUGCCUGCCGUGGAAAUCAUAAUUUCAUUCAUCUAGAUUUGGAAAGUUUCCUCGGUUUCCUUUAUAUGUUGUCCGACCUUAACAUCAAAGAAGUUGGACAAAUAAUUGCUCCCUACGUGGCUCAGUUGUUGGAUUAUAUUGACAUCAACCAAAUGCAUAUUAUUGGUCACGGUAUUGGUGCUCACGUUGCUGGAUCCAUUGGACAAUACUUUAUAAGAGAGACGAAGAUGCUUCUGCCUCGCAUUACUGGUCUUGACCCAGCUCGUCCAUGUCUCAACAGAUGUGAAGUUCCGUUUAAAAUUCAACGAGGUGAUGCUAAAUUUAUUGACAUCAUCCACACUAAUCCCGGUGGUUAUGGGAUGGCGGAUCCAAUCGGAGAUGCUGAUUUCUACGUCAAUGAGAUGUCUGCCACUAUGCCAGGAUGUUCAGACUAUGUUUGUUCUCACCAGAGAGCCUACAAGUAUUAUGCUGAAACUGUCUAUCCUCAAAACGAAAAAAGCUUAUUGGCAGUCCAUUGCAAGUAUUUUAAAAUUGAAACUGAAAUAUGUGAUUUCGAUGAAAUCCCUACUCCUAUGGGAUAUGCUUGCCCAAUGAAUGCAAAAGGUAACUUUUACCUACCAGUGAAUGAGAAUGAACCCUAUGGUCACUAUGCAAAAAACCUUAAUAUAUGUAUCCCAAUGCAACACAUGGAUCGAGUUUCUAAAUUAAACUGAAUUUGUUAACUUGAUCGUCCAGUUAUUAAUUUAAAGAAAAUUUGUAAAUAAAAAAAAUAAAGAAAAUUCAACCAUAAACUUGGUAAGAAUACCAGAAAAUAAAUAAAAGAGUAAUUGAAAAAGAA